GUGACAUCCGGCCUUAUAAAAGUCGUGAUCUCUACAACGCAGGCCUCUUUCCGCUGGUGGUACUCGAUCGAUCACCUCGUCGGACGUUAGCUUUUUAAUUAUUUAACAAACUCCAGUUUUGUGUUGAAAUUAGUUUUCUUUUUUUAAUCGACUAGAAUGCCAGAAAACAAAACUUAUCUCAACGGAUACACAAAUGGACACAUGGCAGCGGAAUUUCCUGACGGGGAGUGUUUUCUUUUUACCUCGGAGUCUGUCGGCGAGGGUCAUCCAGACAAAAUGUGUGACCAGAUAAGUGAUGCCAUCUUGGAUGCCCAUUUAAGUCAAGACCCUGAUGCUAAGGUUGCCUGUGAAACUGUAGCAAAAACUGGCCUCAUUCUGCUAUGUGGAGAGAUUACAUCAAAGGCGGUUGUUGAUUAUCAGAAUGUUGUGAGAGAAACCAUAAAACAUAUAGGCUAUGAUGAUUCAUCCAAAGGUUUCGACUGCAGGACUUGCUCUGUGUUACUUGCGUUGGAUGAACAGUCACCAAAUAUUGCAGCUGGAGUGCAUCAGAACAGGAAUGCGGACGAUGUGGGGGCUGGAGAUCAGGGGCUUAUGUUUGGUUAUGCCACAAAUGAAACGGAGGAAUGUAUGCCUCUAACUAUUGUCCUGGCUCACAAGUUAAAUGAAAGGCUAGCACAGCUAAGAAGAAGCGGUGAAUUCUGGUGGGCCAGACCAGACACAAAGACACAAGUAACCUGUGAAUAUCGAUUUGUCAGCGGGGCGUGUGUUCCAAUCCGUGUACACACAGUUGUCGUAUCCACACAGCACUCGGAAAAAAUCUCAGUCGCCGAUUUACGGGAGCACGUCAAAGAGAAAGUAGUCCAUCACGUGAUCCCUUCAAAGUAUAUCGAUGAAAACACCGUCAUCCAUGUUAAUCCCUGCGGAGAAUUUGUACUCGGCGGGCCCCAGUGUGAUGCUGGUCUGACUGGAAGGAAAAUAAUCGUCGAUACAUAUGGUGGAUGGGGAGCACACGGUGGAGGUGCAUUUUCUGGCAAAGAUUUCACCAAAGUCGACAGAUCGGGAGCGUACGCCGCAAGAUGGGUCGCAAAAUCUCUUGUUAAAGCCGGAUUGUGUAAACGCUGUUUGGUACAGGUUUCUUAUGCAAUAGGCGUUGCAGAGCCUAUUUCUAUCACCCUGUUCGAUUACGGAACAUCUAAACUACCAAAUAAAGAACUUCUAGAAAUAGUAAAGAAAAAUUUCGACCUGCGACCUGGCAAAAUAGUAAAGGAAUUGAACUUACGGAAUCCCAUUUAUCAACGAACCAGUACUUACGGUCAUUUUGGCAGAGACAUUUUCCCUUGGGAACAACCGAAAGAACUCACCACCGAGUAGUAUUCCCAGGUUUUUUGUUCAACUGUGUAGAGUGCUAAAAAGGUUUCUGUAACCUUUGAAAAUUUACCUUUAAAUGUUCAAACCACUUGUUUUUAUUUUAAACGAGCAUAAAAAAAUUAGGUUGUGUAGAUUGAUUGAACAUUUUUUUUUCAAUUCCUUAAUUUUAAUAAUGUAUAUAUCUUAAAUACAUAAAUUAUAGCCAGACCAUUUUUUUUGUAAUGUGUUUAUUGUUAAAAAAAGGCAUUUGUCAUUGAAAUCUGUUUGUAAAAUUGCUUUUCAAAUUAAGAAAAUGGAAUAGUUUCCCUGUUCAGAAAUUUUUCAAACAAUGCUUUUACUUUUGUAAGCAUCACAAAAAUUCGUCUAGAUUUAGCUUGCCCAAUAAUUAGCAAAAGUACAACUUUAUGUUAAAAAAAAGGGUAACAAAUUUUGAAUUAAUGUAAAAUGAAUUACUAACAACUUAUUACAAUUUUAAAUAAAACAUUUAAAAGAGGCAAGAUGAUAAUUCUCGCUUCAGUUUAUCUUUAUAUAUAAAUAAAGUUAUAAUUUGUUGAAUAAGUGUUCCCUUCGUUUAAUAAACAUCCUCGUCAGAA